UCAUGUUGGAAAUUGUUACUAGGUUUGUUUUGUUAGUGAAUUGACACCUCCUGUCCUAUUUUAUUAAAUGGAAGAUGUUAUGGGUGUAAGAUGGCACAGUGAUGCCAUCUGUUGGUAAAUGUUCAUUACUGCAACUCUUGUGUUUCACCGGGGUGCUUGAGAUACCCGGAUGUUUGUGAUGUACUUGAACAAGACUGGUUACUCGCAUCAAUGCCUCGGUCUCGUCAUUUAACACUCAAAUUGUUUCUGCUCAGCGGGAAUGAAUUUGAAGCCGUACAAUAUUGCGGACCAAAACGGAACCAUGGACAGAAUGUGUUGACACUGUCGUCUUCAUUGGAUUCAAGUUUUACCGGUCUGCAGAGUGAAAGCAUCACACAACACCCACCAACAACCUGGAUAGUUAUCCGCUAGCAGAUCAACUGAGGUUCAAGCAAGAGAUGCAAGAGACAACGAGGAAGUAAAACAUGAGAAAAGCAAACAAUUCAGAGUUAUAAAGCUGGACUGAGAGAAGACCAGAGGAUAAAGAGAGAGAGAAGGGGUGAGUUUUUGAGCUGUAGUGUGGAGGUUGGAGGGAGGUCAUGGUGUGGCAGGGGCUGUGGGUGUUUAAGCCCCGCUUUGGGAAGCGUGGGGGCCUGUUCGGAGUGGUGCCUGCACUCUGUGUGCUGAUAGUCAGUGCUGCCCUGCUAGCUCUACUCUUCAUUGACUCCAUUGAGUCAUGGGCCACAUACAUGAAUAUGAACACAAUGGUAGAGGCACAGGGGGGGAUCAUACCCCCUCAGAGUGUCCCCCCAACCAGACCCGAGGAGUACCUCCUUAUGCCCAGCCCUCAUGUCUGCCAGCAUGCCAAGCCCUACCUCAUCACCAUGGUGACCUCCGCCCCAGCCAAUCAGAGGGCCCGCCAGGCCAUCCGGGACACGUGGGGUGGGGAGGUGGAGGUCAGGGGUCAUAGGGUCAUGACCUUGUUCAUGCUCGGGGUGGCCUCUGACCCCGGGCUAGCCAAACUGCUGAUAGAUGAGUCCUGGGAAAGAGGGGACCUGAUUCAAGGGCAUUUCUGGGAGUCCUACUCCAACCUGACCCUGAAGACUCUAUCGAUGCUGAGCUGGGCCCAACGCUUCUGCCCCCAGGCCCACUUCCUGGCCAAGGUGGACGAUGACGUCCUGUUCAACCCUGGGGCCCUUCUGCUCUACCUGAACAGCACCUACAAGCACGGGGACCUGUACCUGGGCCGGCUCCACCAAAACGUGGCUCCAGACCGAGACCCAGGCAGUAAGCACUACCUCCCUAGAGGGGCGUACCCUGCCUCUGUCUUCCCCGACUACUGCAGCGGCACUGCCUACAUCCUGUCCCGCUCCGCCUUGCUCAAGAUCUCCCUGAUGGCCGCUGCCUCGCCUCCGUCCACUCCUCUGCCCCCCGAGGACAUGUUUGUGGGACUGUGUGCCCGUGAGGCUGGAAUGCUGCCCACCCACUGCUCACUGUUCUCUGGUGGGCCUGUGGUGCCCUACGGGCGCUGCUGCUACCAGGCCAUGGUGUCCAUCCAUCACAUCUCCCCCAGCGAGAUGCUCCGGUUCUGGGCUGACGUCCACUCCCCUCCCUCCUGCUCCUGGUUGGUGGCUGUUGGAGCCUGCUGUCUGGGCUUUUGGAAGAAUUUCCAAGAACGUGUAUCUGAAAGGUCAAAAUUCAUCCCCACAGAGGACCAAUGGGAGUUGACACAUCCACUGGUCCCUCUGUCCAGCUGCUGCCGCCUCUUCUUUUUUCUCUCUUUAUCUGUCUUCAUCCUGACUUCCACUGUUUCCCUGAUCACUUCCGGAGGGGUGGAAAGCUGCCAACAGAGGUUAGGGAUCAGAAAGAAGAGCAAGAGAGAUGUGUGUUAGUAAAAUAUGAAAUAAUGAAGACAUUUCAUGUAAUUGUAUUGUGUAUGAGUGGUAAUAGAACAUGGCACAAAGGAGAAUUUGAAUCAGAAUUUCAUUCGGACCUGGUAUGGCCAUGCUGGUGAAGCCCUCUCCAUUGCCUACAACAAGCACGUCUUCAAAAGGGACAGAAAUCUACCACCCACACUGAGCCAUGUGCCCUGUGGGCCAUGUAGGGCUUAGUCACUGGGGUUCCCCACACAUCUCUGUAUACCUACAGAACACACACAGAUAAGCAGACACAACUUGAGCACAGAGACACAGACUCAGUCAUUAACAGAUACUGAGUUUUUUUUUUUAAGAGUCAGAAACAGUACAGAGUUUGGACAACAGAGCUGGGUGCCAUGUUGCUGCCAACAUGUAUGCAGUAUGUAUGACUACAGUGUAUGACCUGGACUAUGUCUCCCGUAGCGGCGGACAGCAGGCCCCUCUGACUUAGAGACAGACAGGAAGCUCCCGCAGGCAAGAAGUAGGACAGCAGGGGCCAGUAGGAUCUGAUGUUAUAUACCUUCAGCCUCUUGUCCAUGCCCGAGGUCACCGUGUACCUGCAUAGACAGGAGGUUCUUACAGGAAAACCCUCUGCUGGACAUUUAUGGAAGUACACCAGCAAAGACAAAAAAUAAAAUGACCCAAAUGUG